GGGAAACUGAAAAAAAAGUGUGGACAGUAGAAGAAGAAACGGAUAAACAGAAGAACGGAGCUGAAUAAAGCGGGUUAUAAUUCUAAAAACACUUCUUCGUGUUAAUCGGAGCUUCGGGAGUCGAUGAUAUUAAAGUAACCGACGGGGGAUGACUUGUCAGGCCAACAUGUCUACAACCAAAGAUGCAGGAGAAAGCAGCAACCAGCAGUGCACCAACUGUGGGGCCGCCUCAGCCGGGUCCUGGUGUCUGGACUGUAAUGAAGCUCUGUGUGACGACUGUUUGUUGGCUCAUCGUAGAGUCUCACUGACUCGAUUCCACAGGAUCCACAACCACCAGCUAGAAGAACACAACUUGAUGUCUCCCACCAAGUUCUGCAGACUUCAUCCAUCCGAGCUGCUCAAAAUCUUCUGUUAUACCUGUAAACAGCUCACCUGCAGAGACUGCCAGCUGGUGGCCCACAUGAACCACAGAUUCCAGUUUGUCAGCGAAGCGGUGGAAACUCUGAAGAAGCAGCUGGACAUGUGCAUUCAGCCUCUCACAGAGCAGAUGAAUGAAUCAUACUUAAGUCUGCAGAAAAUGGAGAUGAGGCUGAACCUCCUCGAUGUCUGUGAGAAGCACAUGAUGGAGAGGAUUAGGAAAAACUUCCUUGUGUUGACUACAUUCCUGAAAAUUAGGAUGGAACACAUAGUGAAAGAUCUACAGCAGGUGCUGGAGCUGGACCGUGAAAGGAUGAAGACAAAGAUGCUGCAAGUGAAGGAGCUGAACCACAACUGCAAGUUAGUGACCAAAGCUGCAGAAGAUGCCCUAAAGACAUCUGAUCCCAUGACUCUGUUCGCCCAUGUAGCUCAGAUAAUGCCGCAGGCGAAGGGUCUUGUUGACCAGGACUCGUCUCCUCCUCCGACCAUGUGUAACGUGAAGGUCACCUGCGAAAAACAAUCUGUGGAACUCAUUAAAAACUUUGGUCAGCUUCAUAUUUCAUGGAUUCCCUUCUCUGUGCCAGAGAUAAGCCAAAACCUUGUAAAAACUCCCUCCGCCAUCACUACUCCCCCCACCACUGACCUGCCUCCUGGCUACAAUCAAACAGCCAAUCACAGCGUUCCUGUAUGUAAUAUUGCUGCUACUUCUACUCCCUCCAUCUCUGUCACCCCAUCCAACCUCUACAACUUGUCCUCCAGCCAAAUGGGAGUGCAUGAUAACACUAACCUCCAAACUGGGGCCAGUAAUGAUGCUGCUUCGGCAGGUUUUAGAAACUCUCUGUGUUUUCGGGACUUCUCUCCUGUCACCUCUCCCAGCAAUCUGUUCUCCAGCAUCACCGUUGGCAACCCCACCAGUGGCCCCAUCACCACCAACAGUUUACUAAAGUCAGCUCCCCCACUUAGUCACCACCCUUCCAGUCAGUUUCCCCGUCCUCCUCCUCAAACUUCCAGCUUUUCCUCCCUUGAUCCUGCCACCUUCCAUACUGGGAAAACUGGCGAUGCUGCCACUGAAACAACAACACUUCAUCCCAUCAUUUGUCGCAGUCCACAAUCAGAUUGUUUGUCAGAUCCGAUAAGUCUUCCGUCUUGCUCCUCAAGUCUUUCCACCCCACCCGCCACCCUUCCCCUUCCUCUGUCCUCCUCCUCCUCAUUAGAUACUUGUACUGCCCCCUCUCAUACUGCUCCAGCUGAGGAUCAUCCCAUUCGUUCUUUAAUCAAUGUCAUUACCAAGUCGCAGGUUGCAGACUCGUGUAGGUUCUUUCAUUGGAAAUUAAAGAAGAGGAGGAAGGUCCAGAAGUCGGCUGAUGGUAAACACACCUCCCAGUCCACCAGCAGCCCCUCCACUUCUUCCACGAUUUCAGCUGAGUCUAGAAAUCCCCUCUCCUCCACUCCGGCAUCCUCCUCAUCAUCUACUACCUCCACCGUUACUCUGAAAAGCCCCCCUAAGCCCACAUCUUUAACAAAUUCUUUCUCAGCUAAAUUAGAUAAUCCCCUCUCCUCCACUCCUGCAAUCUCUUCGUCUUUUAACUCUGUCUUUGCCUCCUCCACCACCCAUCCAGCACCAAAGUAUUGGCUGCUCCCCCAAACCUCUUCCCGAACUUUGAACACGGUAGCUGUCCAGCCUGUAAGUGCUGUCUUACCCCAGCUGGCAGGUCUGUCCCCUCUCGCUACCACCAACAUCCCCGUCCAGUUGCCUUUGGUUCUGAACCAACUGCCCGUUAUCAACCAGAGCGGACUCGCCAUGUUGAUGUCAAAUAAUCAGUCCCUGAACACUCUCAUGGAUCUUUCUGGCUCUGUCUAUGUCGUCACACCUCGACUUCAGGGAGCUUUAAAAAUCAGUCCAGUCCCGACUGGUUUUCAAGCACUUCCUUGGAUUUCUAGGGUUAAUCAUAAGUCUGCUUUAACUGUCAAUGGACCAUCCUCAGAUCAGUGUCUCUCAUGUGAUAGCGGAACCUGUUUCCGAUCCCUAAAGGACCAGCAACAAAACUGCGAGAUGCAGGUGGAAACUGAUUCCAAUGAACUGAGGGAUCAGCAGCAGGAACAUGAUGACGUGAUAACCGCUGUGUCCAAACAAACUGAACCAACGGGAAGGGAAACGUCAUUUGAAACAACAGAGAUCACAGAAUCUGAAGAUCCCCAGCCAAGAGGGAAACUAUUUUCAGCUGAAACACCAGGAAACCCACUGCCCAUCAUAACAUCUAAUGAAUCUGAACCUUUAGGGGAACCAUUUAGUGUUGGACCGUCAGACAACGAACUGGUCAGUGAGUCUGAAUCUAGAGGGGAACCAUUUACUCUUGAAGCAUCAGACAAUGAACUGCUCAUGGAGUCUGAACCAGCAGAGAAACCAUUUUCUCCAGAAAACAAUCUGCCCGUCAUCAAAUCUAAAGAUCCCGAACCAAAAGGGAAGCCAUUUUCUCCAGAAAACAAUCUGCCCAUUCUCAGAUCUAAAGAUCCCGAACCAAAAGGGAAGCCAUUUUCUCCAGAAAACAAUCUGCCCAUUCUCAGAUCUAAAGAUCCAGAACCAAAAGGGAAGCCAUUUUCUCCAGAAAACAAUCUGCCCGUUCUCAGAUCUAAAGAUCCAGAACCAAAAGGGAAGCCAUUUUCACCUGAAACAUCAGACAACGAACUGGCCAUUAAGUCAGAACCAUUUUCUCCAGAAAACAAACUGCCCAUCAUUGAAUCUGAAGAUCCUGAACCAAAAGGGAAGCCAUUUUCUCCAGAAAACAAACCGUUCGUCAUCAAAUCUAAAGACUCUGAACACACCGGGGAACCGUUUUCUCCUGAAACAUCACAGGAUGAACUGGUCAGUGAGUCUGAAUCUAGAGGGGAACCAUUUACUCCUGAAACAUCAGACAACGAACUGGUCAUUAUGUCAGAACCAUCUUCACCUGAAAACAAACCGUUCGUCAUCAAAUCUAAAGACUCUGAACACACCGGGGAACCGUUUUCUCCUGAAACAUCAGAGGAUGAACUGGUCAGUGAGUCUGAAUCUAGAGGGGAACCAUUUACUCCUGAAACAUCAGACAACGAACUGGUCAUUAAGUCAGAACCAUCUUCACCUGAAAACAAACCGUUCGUCAUCAAAUCUAAAGACUCUGAACACACCGGGGAACCGUUUUCUCCUGAAACAUCAGAGGAUGAACUGGUCAGUGAGUCUGAAUCUAGAGGGGAACCAUUUACUCCUGAAACAUCAGACAACGAACUGGUCAUUAAGUCAGAACCAUCUUCACCUGAAAACAAACCGUUCGUCAUCAAAUCUAAAGACUCUGAACACACCGGGGAACCGUUUUCUCCUGAAACAUCAGAGGAUGAACUGGUCAGUGAGUCUGAAUCUAGAGGGGAACCAUUUACUCCUGAAACAUCAGACAACGAACUGGUCAUUAUGUCAGAACCAUCUUCACCUGAAAACAAACUGUUCGUCAUCAAAUCUAAAGAUCCAGAACCAAAAGGGAAGCCAUUUUCUCCUGAAAACAAACUGUUCGUCAUCAAAUCUAAAGACUCUAAACACACCGGGGAACCGUUUUCUCCUGAAACAUCAGAGGAUGAACUGAUGAUUAUCAAAUCUGAACCUACAGGAGAACCAUUUUCUCCUGAAGAUGAGGUGCCCAUCAAAUUGAAACCUAUAGGGAAACCAUUUUUUCCUAAAACAUUAAACACUGAAUGCAUCAUUUUGUCUGAUGAAAGCCAAUCUUCAUGCUUACAGUCUGAUACUGAGACAUCAGACAGUGAGAGUGAAGAGCCAGUGAGCUCUGGGAAUCCACAGCAGGAUACCAACUUGUUCCAGUGGGAGCCCAGAGUUUCUCUAACCAGACUGCCUCUAUCCCUGCCUGGACAGGGAUGUCCUCUGCCUCAUUUUCGUUUGAUCUUAGGAGAAGAGGAAGAUGAGAUUUACCUGGAGGAGAUUAUGGAGGACUCCCAGUCCAGUUCUGUGUCCAAUGGAAACACCAACAACUCUGAUAACGCCUGCGAUGAUGAAUCAGAUGUCACCAAAGACUUCACAUCACCUCUGACCUCUCCUGAGUCUCCGAUGUCCGUGGAAAUCCUUUCCUGCUCGGCAUGUGGAUCUUCCGGCGCAUCGAAAAUCUGCUCAGCCUGCGGCCGAGGAUACCACAGAGACUGUCAUGUUCCUCCAGUUGGAGCUGACAUCUGGUCAGAGUGGAUCUGCUCGCUAUGUCAGGACCUGCUGGACCCGUCGGACCCCUACAGCGCCGACAGACCGGAGACUCCACAGAGCGGCUGCCUCAGCCUGCAGGACCAGAGGAAGUGUGAGACUCUCCUGUUGCACCUGAAGGUCGAAGGCUGCGGCCGAGUGUCUGAGUCCCAUUUUUGGUCGGAUCUGAUGUUGCUGUCGGAGCGUCUGACCCAAUAUUCUCCUCCUUAUCGGUCAGCUGGACAGCUGGUCUCUGACAUCUGGACCUUGUUUGAAGAUGUCUCACAGACAGAUGUGUUCAAGGAACUUCAGCAGAGCUUCCAGGAAAAGUUGGUGGAAGUUUUAGGCUCCGAGUUGCAUCCGUCGCUGUUGAUCGCACCAAAUGCCGACACACCGUCUUCUCCUGGGAGUCCCGCCAGUUUGCUGGGCAGCGACCUGUUGGACGCAGAAGAAGAGGCGUCAGCGGCGGCCCAGGAAAGGCGUUUAACCGAGUCCAGACUGAAGGAUGUGAAGAAGAGGCUGAAAGACUUCCUGGACACGAAGACGCAGCAUUUAGCCAAGAGGGCGAAGCGCGAGUGAAAGUUUAAUUAAAUGAGGUUCCUGUACGAGGGAAAAUGUUGAAGCUGCGAAUGGCUGAACGACUCCAGAAAAGUCCAAACCGGGUUCGGUCUCGUCCUCCAGUCGGUUCUGGACCUGGAGCCAGUCACCAGAACUGAGACUGGACAUGAUGGUUGACGAAGAACGCGACGUCACAUCAGGAUGUCGACGGCGUGAAAGUGGAGAAGAUCUUCUGUAAAUGUUUGUGUGAGAGUCCAGAGACCAAAUUUAGUUUCCAGCAAAAUGAAAUCGAAUGUUUCUAAUUUAAGUUUCAUUUAACCAAAUAUUUUCCCGUCAGGUCUGAUAAUGUUCCUUUUUGUUUUGUUUUUUUUUUACUCGGAAAAGCUGGAUUUUUUAGUUUAUUGUAGUAAGUUUUUUUUUUUUUAUUGUCGUUAAUGAUAAAUUUCCUUUUUUGUUGAAUAUUUCUCCACAUUAUCAGAUUUUAUCUGCAAGUUGUUGACGCAUAAAGAAAAUAAACAGUGCUGUAGAUCCUGA